UCUCUUUUUCUUCAUCCUACGCUCUCUAUUAUUCUUCCACGUACCACGUUGGUAAUGAAUCAGUGAAGAAAAUGGGAAGCACAACCCCAAUUUCAUAUCUAACUCACCAGGAAGCUACGGAGAUUGAUCACCUGCUGAUGGGUCCUUUGGGGUUUAGCAUAGAUCAACUAAUGUUUUCACUUCAGGAAUUGGCUGGCUUGAGUAUUGCGACUGCAAUAGCUGAGGUCUACAAUCCAAAGGAAUACCGUCGAAUUCUUGUGAUUUGUGGCCCAGGAAGCAAUGGUGGUGAUGGUCUUGUAGCUGCUCGACACUUACAUUACUUUGGAUAUGAACUGUUUCUAUGCUAUCCAAUGCAAACUCCUAAGCACCCUUAUACUGGUCUGGUAACUCAGCUUGAAUCACUAUCAAUUCCAUUCCUGCAUGUGGAAGGUCUACCUGCUGACCUAUCUGAUGACUUUGAUGUAAUUGUGGACUCAAUUUUUGGGUUUUCGUUCCAUGGGACCCCUAAGCCACCUUUUGAUGAACUUAUUCAGAGAUUGGUGUCCCUAAAGAAUCCCCGUGAUUCGCAUAGGAAGUCACCUGUGAUUGUCUCUGUGGACAUACCAUCCGGAUGGCAUGUUGAUGGAGGAGAUAUAAAUGGUGAAGGCAUUAGGCCUAGCAUGCUGGUUUCUUUAACUGCUCCUAAAUUGUGUGCCAAAAGGUUUUAUGGUCCACAUCACUUUUUAGGUGGAAGAUUCAUCCCACCGUCUAUUGUAGACAAAUUCAAGCUUAGACUUCCAUUGUAUCCCGGCACUUCUAUGUGUGUGCGAAUUGGAAGGCCUCCCGAGAUUUAUCCACUAGCACUGCUAGGAAUGCACGUUGAGGCAGACCCAUUCGAUCAGUUCAAGAAAUGGUUUGAUCAUGCAUUAGUUGCCGGUGUGAAGGAACCAAAUUAUAUGGCACUAUCAACUGGAACCAAAGAUGGAAAACCCUCAUCUCGGGUGGUUUCUCUAGAAGGAGUUAACAAAGAUGGCUUUGUCUGGUACACCAGUUAUGAAAGCAGGAAGGCUCGUGAAAUAUCUGAAAAUCCACAUGCAUCACUUCUUUUCUAUUGGAGUUGUUUAAAUUGCCAGAUAAGAGUGGAUGGCUUUGUACAGAAAGUUUCUGAUGAGGAAUCUGAGCAAUACUUCCAUAGCCUUCCACGAGAUAUUCAGAUUAGACCGAUAAUCAGCAAGCAGAGCACUGAAAUUCCUGGGAGGGAGAUUCUCCAUCAACAAUACAAAGAAUUAGAUGGAAAGUACCCUGAGGGAAGCUUGAUGCCAAGGCCCAAGCACUGGGGCGGAUACAGACUUGUACCUAAAUAUUUUGAGUUUUGGCAAGGAGAGGAAUCUCGUGUCAACCUAAACUCGUAUGUGCAUUUAUAUGAUAUGAUGGACAGGUUAUGUUAUAUUAGUGAAGAAAAAGAAAUUGAUGGGAGGAAACGAUGGAAAAUAAUGCAACGAAACACCCUCAUGGAAUCAUCAUCUAAGUUUUAGGCAUGGCCUGGAGGCUGAAAAACGUAAUGCUGUUAUAUGAAAACAAAUGAUCGAGAAGGAAGAUUUAGAAAAGUGUAGUAAUUGUUUUUGUUCCAAAAUAACGAGUUGAGGCACAUUAUAUGCACGAAACAAGCUAGUUAAUAUAAGGGUUGCUUUUCAGAAACUCAUAUAUAGUCAGUGUUGGAUGUAUGCACUCAUUCCAUUUGUAUUUAAGUAUAUAAUAGACCGCACUUAAUUAC